UGUUGCUACACAGGGAUGUUAAGACCCAACUCGCCUGCACAAAUCAACAGCGGAAAUGGGGUGGGGGUUAGGGGAAGCCUGUUGCUCAGAGGAGCGGUGACUUGCAAUGCAUUUUGCAUGGUGAAUUGCAGGACUCGGAGAACCACAGUGUACCACAUUUCGUGUACGGGUACCUUAAGGGGCUCUCCUUUCCAGGGGACUGCACAGGGGGAAAGGUGGCUCUACUGGUCUUCCCCCCCUCCACUUUCUAAAACUUUGCAGCAACCUGGGCCCCACCUUGGCCCUCGGCAGAGAGGAGCAACAUCCCAAACCAUGAAAGCCUUCCCUUUGAAGAAGACUAGCUUCAGUUGAUCAAGGAUGUCUUUGACGGACAAAAGACUUGAAGAUUUGCAGAUCUACAAAGUUCUCCAAUGUGUUCGCCAAAAGGACAAGAGGCAGAUAGAGAAGCUGACCAAACUUGGAUUCCCAGAACUCAUUAAUUUCACAGAGCCUGUUGAUGGUUAUAGUGCCCUUCAUUUGGCAUGCAUCGCAAAUGACAUAGACAUGUGCAACUUCCUGCUGGAGCAAGGAGCUCAUCCAGAUGUUCAAGACCGAAUGGGACGCACUCCUGCAAUGAAAGCAGCUGAGCUAGGCCACGACUUAGCCUUGGAUAAACUAGCAAAGGCCGAGGCAGACAUGACCAUAGUUGAUAAUGAAGGAAAAGGUGUUUUGUUUUACUGUAUUUUACCUACGAAACGGCACUGCCGCUGCGUUCAGAUCGCUUUAGAAUGCGGCGCAGAUGUUAACAACUGUACUAUCAAUGGGAAGCCAGUAUUCCUACAAGCCUGUGAACAAGCACACGAGAUUAAAGAAAUAUGUCUGAAAUUUUUGGAAAGAGGAGCAGACCCCAAUGCGAUAAACCUAGCUACUGGUCGCACGGCCUUAAUGGAAGCGGCAAGAGAGGGAGUAAUAGAGAUGGUGCGUGGCAUACUGGAAAGAGGCGGAGAUGUUAACAUAUUUGACAACGAAAGACACAAUGCUGCACAUUUUGCCGCCAAAGGAGGCUUUUUUGAGAUCCUAAGAAUUAUUUCAGCUUAUAAUGGAGAUGUGGGGCUCAUUGCUAUGAAUGGAAACACGCCACUUCAUUACGCUGCUGCUGGGGGCUUUGCGGAUUGCUGCAAAUUUAUAGGGCAAAGAGGCUGUGAUCCUAAAUGGAAGAACCUACUAACAAAAACCCCAAGAAUGACUGCCAAAGAAGGUGGCUUUAAAGCAGCAUCAAAGGAACUGCGCAAAAUUGAACGACUCCAUGCUAAAAUCACCAAACCUGGAGCGAAGGAAGCCAAUCCACGCUUUGCGAUGAGGUUGCACGAUUGGUCCUUAGAACAUCAGACAGCCCUUCGUGAGGCAUUUGAGGUUGUGGACAGAGGUGACGGAACAAUAAGCAAAGAUGAUUUUGCAUCAAUUAUUCAGGAGAAGUGUGAUUUUGUGGAUGCUGAACUAAUACAAACCGUUGCCCAGGCACAUGAUAAGUCUCGUGCUGGGGGAAUUAACAUUGAAGAGUUCUUUAAAGGUUCCAAAUACUUGCAAAAAGCCUAUCUCAUUUCGUCUUUUGGACCCAAAAAGAAGAAAGGGAAGAAAGGAAAAGGCAAGAAAGGCAAAUUCUCCAUCCCCAUGCCCAUCUGCGUCAUUCCAGAGAGCUUGUGCCCACGCCGAACAGAUGGCGGGCCCCCUAUGUACAUGAUUGAGACCUAUCAGAAUGUGACCGAUGGUAACCGCUUUCAUCGGGAUCACCCCCCUGAACAUCCUUUGCAGGAUGACUCUGCGUGGUACAUUGAUGAGCCAGAGAAGACUUACACCAAGAUUAACUAUCUUACUAAAGAAGGAGACAUUGUGUCGCUGAAAAAAGCAUUUGAAGAGGGGAUACCAGUGGACAUUAGAGAUGUAUAUUAUAAAACUCCUCUGAUGGCGGCAUGUGGAAGUGGAAACAUGGAUGCUGUGAAAUAUCUUCUAGAGAAGGGGGCUGAUGUAAACGCAACUGACAAUUUCAAGUGGACUCCUCUGCACCAUGCCUGCCAUGCAGGUCAACAGGACAUUGCUGAACUGCUUGUGAAGUAUGGAGCAGCGAUAGAUGCAGUUACAAUCAACAGUGCCACCCCACUGAUGAGAGCUAUUGAGAGCUGUAGAUUGGACUCAGUGCAAUAUUUAAUUGAUUCUGGUGCGAAAGUCCAGAUGGAAAACAGAAAAGGCCAAAAUACUUUGGACAUUGCAAAGGCGUACGCUGACUUUAGACUAAUUGACCUGCUUCAACAAAAACUGGACCGUUUGCCAAAACCACCAGAAACCAAAGCAGAUAAAGGGAAGAAACCUGGCAAGCCUAAAUCAGCUGCUAAGCCCAAGCAGGGGGAGGCUGAAGCUGCAAAGGAGGAGCCACCUCCACCAAUCGCAGAAAAAUCUAUUUUUGAAGAAAAGAAAGAAUCCUUUAAGGACAAUGUUAUUCAUCUGAAUUCUUUAAUAACCAGUGGUGCUACUAAGAAAGUUGAUAUCACAUUCAUACCCAGAAAAACUUGGACCCCGGAAGCGACAACAGCUAGUCUAAUAAGAAAGCGGGAAUUGCAUCGUGAGCGCUUUACUUAUGAGGUGGACUUUGAAGACUUCAUGAUGCCAUUUAAGAAGAAUUUCAUGGGAAAAGCCCUGCAAUUGAAUGGGUUUAUGGUCCACACUCUAAUCAGAGCAGGAGAUGGAAUGCUAUCCAUUCAGCUAUGGGGAAAGGUGUAAGAGCAUCACAAGGGUGUGAUUGGGAGCAGAGUCUGGAAGCCUGCAUUGUGGAUAUAGGACUCGUCUGUUGAGUAAUGAUUCAGAAGAGGGAGUUGAAGCCACCUUACUUCCCUCCCAGUGUCUCUAAAGGUGGAAGACACACCUCUUUCCAGGGCUUGGCUGGAUUUAAGUAUCAGCUGCUGUCACCUUUCAUUGUUUCAUGGGGUGAUCUUGAUUGCAUACUGAUGAGCUGAAGAUGCUACCUGUUUGUGCGGUAUGCAGAGUUGUAAUUCUCCUAUGCUGUGGUUAUAUUGGUUUUGUCUUUUGGCUGGAAAUUCUCAGCACAACUUUAAAGCUACAGUUUUAAUUCUGUUUUUUCAGUCCAUUUUCAGAGAGAUCUUUUAGUUCCAUCAGGGUUUAAUAAGAGUUGAAAUUCCAAUUUGGAAUGAAAACCAAAAAUUAACAUGGAAGGGAAUUGAGCUUGGCGCUGGGGCAGUCUACCUGCUGGGCUGUUCUGUAGCCACAGACCUUGUUCAGCAGGUUGCUGGCUGGCUUCUGGGCUAUCGGCUUCUUUGGCAGUCCAGACUUCCAGGGUCCAUGCAGGGCUUAAUUUGUACCAGGGCUUGCGAAGGUGGAGCCCUGGCACCUGUAGGCUUGGCAGUUCAUAGCCCCAGCACCUGUGGGCUCACCGCCUCAGUUAUGAAAGUAAAAAUAUUGCUUGAGCCCUGGCACCUCUUUCAUUACAAAUUAAGCACUGGGUCUAUGGCUCUGGGGCAGGCUGCCUGAUGGACUGCCCGGGGCUCCAUUCCUUUUUGUGCCAAAUGUUGGAGAUUUUGUUCCAGUUUGGAACAAAAGCAAAUUUCAAAAUAUUGAAAUCCUUCAGGAAAGCAAAUUACCUUUCUCCACCCAGCCCUAGACUCCGUAGCUCCUAGCCUUACCCCCCCAAAUUAACAACACCUCUCCAAAGUUCACCACUCUUCACAAACGCAGACCUUGAUGCGGACGUCUCCAGGUCACUUCUGAGUUAUUUUAAAACCAGAAUGAAUAAAUCUGUACCUGCAGGGACAGAUGAACUGGAGCGUACUCAAUUACCGGGGAGCACUGGAAAGAUAGGAUCACAAAUCAGAGGCUGACAGCUGCUGGGCAAGUACUAAAUACGUGCGGAUGACUGCAAAUACCAUGGUUGUCAAAGAAAUCAAUCUUGUCUAGCAGUUUUUUUAAAAAGGCAUUUUUUUUAAAGCUUGCUGUUGACUGGCACUGACAGGAAAGUAGAAGACCAGGGGAUGAUAUUGAGUUAGCCAUGUCUCUUACAACCAAUGGGCUUAAAUGGUCCUCUGGUGAUGUCCAUGUGCGAUACCUUGAAUAACAGAAUUCCUGUCAAUAAUAUCUUCUACAAGACUGGAACUAUUUUAAAGGGCCAGCAGAGUCAGUAGUUGUGCACACAUCCCAAACCCAGAUCUAGUCAAAAUCCCGUUCCUGGUUCCCAUAGUAAACAUUCUCUUAUAGUAAUGAGGGAGAAGAGGGCUGUGUAUUUCACAGCUUUUUACCAGAUUUUCCAGCUGGGACCCUGACACGACCCCAAAUUUGCCCAGAAGCAGAGCAAAAAAGCGACAAAGUCGCACAUCAAGGUCACAUCUCAAUGGGCAAGACACAAGCCCGGAGCAGUCAGCAGCCCAGCGGAUACUUCACAUCAUUUACACUGAUGCUCAAACUAUAUGCUGGGCCUUCUGCAGCACACGCCUCAGUAGAGGGAGAGGGCUGGAUAGCAUGAUAGGGCUAGUGCUGAAACCCCAUAUAUAAAGGGCAAGGAUGGCCAAGGCAUUCCCCAGGGCAGAGAGGAAAAGGGACAACCCGUCGUCCUCAGAACACUUUUAUCCCAAAUGUUGAACAGUUGGCUUGCAAUAUAAAAGGGAGGCGUUCUCCAAAAGCAGCCAGUUCCUGUUCAAAGGUUAGAAUACAUCGGAUGAGGGGCAAGAAGAGGUUAAAGAACUCCUGUGGUCACAAUCAGACCCAACCUGCUGCACCUGUGUGCCUUCUUAGGCUUGGGGGAAGGCCCCAAGGGUGGGAUGCUCAGUGGUUGAGGUGGUGCCCUGAGCCGAGGAGAGCUCCUGCCCCAAGACCAGGAUCAGGGUGGGAGUGCUGCCAGCCUGGGUCCUCUGAGGAAAGAAGAUAGGCUGGCUUAUUUCUUUUGGUGAAAUCUCCGGGUGCAAUUCUUGUCCUUCACCCACCCAGGAGGCUGGGAGCUGAUAUUCCCUGUAGAGGCUGAAAGCUUGCUUCUCCUCGUUUGUGUGAGGGGCGGGAGGUACCCUACCCUGAGUGGGCUUUGGCACCAUGUUCCUUUUGGUUUGGACUGUCUUACACCCUACACCCACCCACUGGAGCUGGGCUUGCUAAAAUGUACAGCUUGAGGGCCACACCCCAGGACUGGGCCACAGAGCUAAUGUUGCCCAGGAAAUAAUGGGUGAGGUGAAUGAAGGGUCUGCCUUCACUCCAAGGGCGUGACCCGGACAUGUUACAUUUGACAGCACUUGUAAAAAUGGCUAUAACUGGCAAACAGCAGAUCACCCAUUGGCCUGGGUGUAUUGCAUUGAUCUGAUACUGGAUAUUAACAGAUGUCAUACUGGUCAGCUGUCUGACCUUGGGCAAAUCACUGUCCCUCAGUUUACCCACCUGCAAAAUGGAGAUGAUCUGACCUCCUUUAAAAACUGCUUUGCGCUCUAUGGAUGAAAAGUGGUAUAUAAAAGCUAAGUAUUAUUUAUGGUUUCCAGUAAACCAUUCAUCUUGUCCCAAGCAUGGGGUCCUUUCCCAAACAUUCUCCUCCUCUGCAAAAGAGUAAUGAGCCAAUCUAGCUAAGGGUCGUCAGGCUUGCAUUACCAGAUCCAUUGAGACCACAUGGUUGAAUGGUUAAUAGCUUGUAAACCAGGACAGACCCAAACCAGUCCAGUCUGUCAGUGGGGCAAUGCUCUGUCCUGUUCCAAUCAGGUGCCAUGAAGCAAUGGCUACAGAAACCGAACACAGACGGGAAGAUUAUGAGAGUGUCAUAAAAUAAUACGUUCCCUGCCUUAUGGAGCUUGAGAUGAAGAAUGGGCAAAAUGGCUGCAACAUGCAAGUAAAGUGAUGGUGUGUGCUGAAUGUCAAUUCAACUUUUGUAAUACGUUUGCCUACCUGUAAAUCAUCCCUCCCCGGCAUGCACAUCUCUAUUCCCAUCAGUCCAGCUACCCCACGUUGCCCUUCAUUAAAAACAUCUGUUCUCCACUUCCUUUCGAUGAAGCCCAUGUUCCCAGGGAGUCAGCCUGGGUUACUGUCCAGGUUCAUCCAGGAUGGCUCAAGGAGCUAUAAGUUAUGCAUCGCUUCAUUAGCUGAACCCUCUGCCUUUGAGGCGGGGUGUGCUCCAAGGAAGGGCAAGUGGUGGUACAUGCCCUUCCUUUGGGCUCCUGCUCUAGAGGCCACCUUAACUUCUCCAAGGGAUAGCUCUAGGGAGCCUCCUGCCCUUGGAGCCUAUUGUGACGACUGCCGAGUUAGUGUCUCCCCCAGCCUGCUGGAUUGCACCGCUUUCUGGCCAACCACUGCUCACACGCUGGGCUGGUGUGACCCCCUCCCCGGUGGGGGGGAGGUGGUAGCUGGUUUCUGCAGGGUCGCUGUGCUUAGGUGACUGUUGGUUCUUGGUGGAAUCUGACACACACAUACCCCAGCUAUCCGAUGUAGCCAAAAAGCAAUCAUUAGAAUCCUAGGGUUGGAUCCUCCGCAGCGGCUAAUAAUCAGGGAGUUUCUGCUACAGUCAAUGGAGCUGGGCUGCUUACCUCCGCUGAACAGCGAACAUUCUUAAUUUGCUGAAGUUCAUGAUCACAAGCUUGGAGAAAACAUAACAUCCCAGAGCCAUCCCAGUGGGGCUUUGCUAUUGGGACAUUCUCCCAUGUGCAGUCAGGAAAGCACAAAACUGGCGUUCCGCAGAAACCCGCUACGUGGUUAAAUGCUCAGGGGCUGACUUCUCUUUUCCCUGUGGGUGCUCCACCCUCACUCUGCCUUUUCCUGCCCCUUUCUGCCCCGGCCUCUGAAGCCCUACCCUCGCUCCGCCUCUUCCCACCCCAUUCCCUCCCCGCCACGCACCUGCUGCUCGCUUCUCUCCACCUCGAGUGCCUCCUGCCAGCUACUCGCUGCCCAACAGCUGAUCAGCAGCCAGCCCCAGGGCUGCGGAACCACUGUGGCUCGUGGGUGCAUGAGCCCCAGAGCACUCACGGAGUUGGCACCAAUGGUUCAAUAUAUAUGGUCCCUUUGCUCAUUGUAUUCUGUGCACCCUAAUUUUUUUCCAGUGGCGGAGGACAACGACGACAUGGCUGGUAAGAUCAGUGGGUAAAAAAAAAGGUUAUACUGUAAGGCGAGCACAAGUUUCCCUCGCAAUGUUGGACCACGCCUGGAGAUACUGAGACCACUUAGAGAGCGUUAAAUGAGUCUGCUCUCUAACCUUAACUAAUAGCCAGUUGGCUUUUAGCUCAGGCUGUAGAGGCUCAUGCACUAAACUCCAGAGGUCCCAGGUUCGAUCUUGCCUGCUGAGGACCGGGGUCUGUCGGCGUUACAAGUGCGGGGUUGUGACAUUAUUGACAUGAACUGCUACCGUAUAGAUCAUUGUUGCAACCAGGGUCCUAUAGUUGCACCAAAUCUUGUACAAAGGAGGUCAAGUGAAGUGUCUAUGAAAAGGUUAUAAUUUGCUGGUUAUGAUUAUGCAGUCUGUAUGUGUGUAUCAUUUUUGUAUUUGAAGUUAUGAGUAUUGGCUACGUACUUGUAUCUCAAUGUGUUUGAUUCUAAGUAGCAUUGGUGAAGCAUUUAGUCCUCUUCUUGAGGAAGGAAUUUUCAGAUUAAGUGCUGAAUCAAGAAACACUUAACUGACAAAGGACCUUGGGAGACUCCAAUCCACAUACGAGAAGCCUUCCUGUGAACAACGGCUGCUCUCCCUGUAAAGAGCUGAGUCAUGCAUGGACACGUGACUUCCCAUGUGACUCUAAACUCCACCUUGCUGCUGUGAUUUUCCACAGUAAGAACAAAGGGGUCCUGCCACAUGGCAGAGGCUAUAAGAGGCCCUGGAAACCCCUCCAUUUUGUCUUCAAUCCUGAUUCUUGUCUCUGGAGGAACUUUGCUACAAACUGAAGCUCUGAACAAUGGCCUGAAUGACCCAUCCAGAUCUGUGGAUGUACUCCAGAGACUUGAUUUGGGCCUGCAGUUUAUUCCAUCACUGCUACAAGCCUGAACCAAGAACUUUGCCACUGCUGUAUGUAAUUGAUUCCUUUAACAAUUUUAACUCAUCUAAAAUUUCUUUUUUUAAAUGAA